UUCUUACUUAUUACCGUUAGGUAGUUUUUUUUUUUUUUUUUGGAAAUCCUUCCUCAAUAAGUUUAUUCUGCGUGUGUUCUAAUUUUCAAAUGGUUAAAAGCGCAAAUUUUCCUUAGCGUAAUACCGUCGUGUUUUAGAUAUAAAGUAAUUUAUUUUCUGUACAAAAAUGAUGUACCUAUACCGUAUGUAUUGCUGAUAUGGCAAUAAGUGGGAGCACUUGUCGUACAUAAAAUUACCGCCAUGAAAAACCAUUCAUUGCGCUACGAAACGCUACGUGUUUCACUGUUUCGGUGCGCCGAUAAUUUUGGGCGAAAUCAGGUUUCAUUUUGAUUAUACCGUUCAUAUUGAAACCCAUCGAAGUGAUCGGAAUCGUGUAUUUGGUACAAGUUUUAUUAAUUCGGUAAUAGUAUAUUUAUGUUAAAUGAAAUUCCUGGCUUAGUGAUGUUUUUUGUGCUGGUGCGUUGAUAUUUGAAUCGCGAACUUGUGCUUUGGACUGUUUAUGAUUUCGCUGAUUUGGUGCAGUGUUGUUGACUCUGAUCAGAAUGAAGAUUACUUUUAACCAUCGAAGGAAACUUUUCGAAGAUGUUUUAAUGUGAUUGAGCCUAAAUUUGAUAGGUUUUAUGAAUUCUACGUUUAUUCGUAGAUACGAUCGAAAACACUCACUGUCACAUCAGAAUAUCCUGUGAGUCAAGCUGUUGAAAUAGAUAUAUAAGCAUGCUGAAAACUGCCACCCGAGGUAUGAUCACUCCAAACAGAAUAAAACAUGCAUUACAUUGUAUGGGAUUCCUUUUCGUGAUCAUAUUCAUGAUGAAGCAUUUAGUAUCAUUCGCUGAACUAAAGUCUAAAAAUGCCGACGCGUGGAAAACGUACGGGCCAACAAUGUACACAAUGAUGGUCGCUAUAAGAUUACUAGUCUUACUCGCUCUACCUCAAGUUGUGCUGAAUUUCCUCGGUCUAAUAUGUUUCAACGCGUUUCCGGAAAAAGUCACUUUAAAAGGAUCCUCGUUACUGACGCCUUUGAUUUGUAUACGGAUCGUAACUCGAGGCGAUUAUCCGCAAUUAGUACGCGAUAACGUGGCCAGGAACAUGGCUCGUUGUUCGGAAGCCGGCAUGGAUAAUUUUCUAAUCGAAGUAGUCACCGAUAAAAUGAUCGGAUUACCGAAUCACAGACGAAUUCGAGAAAUCGUCAUACCGUCCACGUAUACGCCUAAAAGUGGAGCUAAGUAUAAAGCUCGAGCUUUACAGUACUGUCUGGAAGAUGGUGUGAAUAUUUUGGCUGAUAAUGAUUACAUUGUGCAUUUGGACGAAGAAACCAUUAUGACGGUGAACUCGAUACGAGGCAUUGUUAAUUUUAUACUCGAUGGUAAAUAUGAUUUUGGUCAAGGGCUGAUUACUUACGCCAACGAUAAAAUCGUCAAUUGGACUACGACUUUGGCUGACAGUAUUCGAGUUGCAGACGAUAUGGGUAAAUUAAGAGCCCAGUUUUAUUUCUUCCAUAAGCCCAUACUCAGUUGGAAAGGAUCGUUUAUUGUGUCAAGGGUGGAAGCUGAAAAACGUGUAUCCUUCGAUAACGGUAUGAAAGGCUCGCUAGCCGAAGACUGUUACUUCGCUAUGAAAGCUUACCAACUCGGAUGCACUUUCAACUUCAUCGACGGAGACAUGUGGGAAAAGUCACCGUUCACCAUUCGCGACUACAUCGAACAAAGAAAACGAUGGAUUCAAGGACUCAUGUUGGUGGUUAUUUCGCCAGAAAUAAGCUGGCGUUAUAAAUUCUGGCUAUCUAUGUCUUUAUACGCUUGGAUUACCAUUCCGCUAACUUUAUCGAACAUUUUUCUCAGUUUCUUUUUCCCCAUACCGAUGCCUAUCUGGUUGAAUUGCUUAUGCAUAUUUAUCGGCUCCGUCAACUUGUAUAUGUAUUUUUUUGGCACGAUAAAAUCGAUCUCCGUGUAUCGAAUAGGUGUUUGCAGAUAUAGCUUGUGCUUGGUCAGUGUCAUCUACGUUGUACUUAUUGCUACAAUUAUGGAGAAUAUUGCUGUCAUAAAAAGUGUUUUUGGCUCUAAGAAGGCGUUUUACAUUGUGAAAAAAGAUUCCAAUAAUUUGAUCGUGGCAUAGGUAUUGUGCCCAAUAUUACAAAUGUAGAUACCUACCUAUUAUUUGUUUUCCAAGUCAAUGUUUUUUUUUUUCGUUUUUUGUUAUAAAUUAGUUAGGUAGUUAGAUAUAGGUACAUUAGAUGUUCUUUUUUCGUGUAAGAAAAAAACCGAUGAGGCGACGAUACGUUGAACAAGUGUUAUUGCACGUUUUUAUAGAUACAGUCAAAUAAGUAUACAUGUUCAUAACUAGAACAUUUAUCUACUAAGUAUGCAUAUGAGGUGUUUUAGUAGGUACCUACUUCUACUCGUAUGUACCAUUGGCACUCGAUCGCAUUGUUUUACUCGUCUAACGAAUAAGUGAAAUGAUUCCGAGCUUGUGUAUUCGAGAAUUCCCCAGUGCUUUGUUUUACCUACCUCCUUAUCAAAUUGUGUGUGCAGAAUGCAAGAAUUCUUUCAAGUAUUUUCAGCUGCGUAGUCGUAUUUUAUUUUUUAUUUCCCAUCAAAGUAACCAAAAUAUGUUGGGUACCUUUCAUUCUUCAUCGUUAUCUAAAAUUUUUCUCUUCUGCAACUGUAAAUUUUUUAAAAUAUUUUUUUGUUGUUGUGGAGAACAACGAGCGCUUAUUUGUGAAAAUGAUUUUAUUUUUUCACUAACGUAGUAGUUUUAUACCUACCUUUGCUUUGUGAAGGUUUACAAUUUACAUGAGUAUGUUUUCUUUUGUGAUAUUACUUAGUAUCGGUAUUUUAUAAUAAGUCGAUUAGAUAUUUUGCAACUUCGAUAAGAAAUCAUUAUUUUCUUUUGUUUUUAAUUUAAAAAUACAUGUAGAUUUUUUUAUUGUGACCUGAAA